AUGCUGCCUCAUUGUAAAUUCGAUCAACACAAAUCAUUAAUAACUAGUUUUUGUUCUUCUUUAGGAUGCUUAUAAUUUUUUUGUAGUAAUUGUGAAGAUUCACAUAAAUAACAGCAUAUUUCUGAAAAAAAUGAUGGAAAAAUAAAUAGUAUAGAGGGGACUAAAGAGAUAUUGCACAAGAAAAUAUCAAGAGCAAUAGAUAAAUUGCAAGAUGUAAAAUUUUAUACAUUUAUAGAAAAUUAUUGAAUAUACUAAUUAAAAUAACUUAGACUUUCAAGAAAAAUAAUUAAUUUUACUUCAAAAGCUUUAAGAAGCAAGGAAUAUAAUUCAAUAAAUUGAUAGUUAUUUUUCUUCAAUUUCUGAUACUAUCAAAAAUCACAUUCAAUAAAAUUAAAAUAAAGUUAAAUUGAAAAUUAUUUUAGGUAUUCUAAAUAACCUAAAAUAAAUAAGAAAUAGAAAAUUAUAUUUCAAUUUUAAAAAAAUUAUAAACUUAAGUGAUCUCAAAUCCUUAGGAAUAACUAAAAGAACCUUUUUCCAAAGCAUGUAGAUUAGAUAUUAUACAUCUAGUGAACACAAUUGUAGGAAAAUAUUUAAGUUUUAAUGAAAAAGAUCGUAUCUGUAAUUAUCAACUUAUAAUUAAGAUCCAUUCUAUGAAAAUAUUAACAACGAUAAAUUAUUAUCUACCUAAUCCUUAUUAGAUAAUAUAUUUUCAAUAAAUAUAUAAAAUCAAGCCUUGUUAUAAGAUCUAUAAUCUUAAAUAUAACUUUAAAAUAAUCCAUUUAUGAUAACAUAAAAAAAUUAUUUAAAUUCAUCUAAUUAAUUUUUAAGCUGUUUUAUUGAUCAAACAACUUAUUUAAGAAUAUUCAACAUUGAAUCUAAAAAAUGGUAAGAUGUGGAUAUCAAUUUUAAAAUUCCUGUAAAUCAUUGUUCCAUAACUAUACCAAAUGGAAAAAUUUAUAUUUCUGGAGGAAUUUCGAAUUCAUAAAAUCAAGCUUAUAUAGGAAUUUUAUUAAAAAAUACCAUCUAAAAAAAAUAAUUAUAAUAUUCAAGAUCAUGUCAUUCAAUGAUAUAUCUUGAAGGUUGGAUAUUUAUAAUUGGAGGUAUUUUAAAUGAUGGUGAUUACACAAAAAUUGUUGAAAAGUAUAAUGUAGAGAAUGAUUAAGUGUAGAGAUGCAGUGAUUGUUAUUAUAAAUCAUAUAAACCAAGCUUAUGUAGUUUUCAAAAUAAAUAUAUAUAUAAAUUUGUUAAUUCAAAUGAAUCAGGAAAAAAUGAAAUAAUUUUGGAAAGAUACGCUAUAAAUACUAAUAUUUGGGAGAUAAUUUAAUUUAAAAAUAAUAACUCUCUAAUUAAUAUCUUCUAAUCUAGUGCAUGCAUUUAAAUAAAUGAAGAAAACAUCUUAAUAUUUGGAGGUGAAAAUGAAUUUGAAACAUCAAUAAAAAAAACUUUUUUAAUUUAAAUAAAAAAUGAUAUUCAUCUAAUAGUCGCAAAUGAUGUUAAUUAAUUGCCUAAAACUGAUGAAUUUUAUAAUCGGCAAGUAAUUAAAUCUGCAAAUUUUAGAUAAUUAUUUAUAAAAAUUAACUUUAUGUUAUGUAAAAUGUGAAAUAGAAAAAUUAAAAAGAUAUGUAUACCAAAAGGAUACUUUUAUUUGAUUAAGCGACUUGGAAAGAGUUAAAGUGA